AUGGCACGAGAGGCGUCGAUUGAAGGAAAUAAUGGCCGCGUUUGGAUUGAGGAGAGAUCUCGUUUUGGUCGGGUGGUUCCUUCAGAUCCCGCACUUUGUUCCCAUAACUGUCUUUUCAUGCUUGUCUUCAUUCCAAAUGUUCUCCGCGCCCGUUUCACCACCACAGUUUCUUGUAGUUUUCAGCCUUAAAAACCCAUGCUCUCAUUUUUUCUUCUUUUCCGCUCGAAAAGUUUUUUUUUCAAUUGUAUAGGAAUGAGUGAAUAAAAAAGCAAAUGGCUCAUUUCUUAUUUACUAUCCUAAUACACUUUGCACUCAAAACUUGUAGAAAUAGAGCUAGUCUUCAUUAUUUUUCAAGUCCAAAAAUGAACAACGUCAAAACUUGUGACGCAUUCCAAAGGAUGAUAAUUUAACUCGCAAAAUAAAAAAAACGAAAAAAAAUUUAUAGUCAUCAUAAGUGUAAAUUAAACUCUCAAAGUUUGCGAAUAAAUUUGGUGUCUGCCCUCAAAUAUAUUAUUUUUUUUUGUUGAAAAUAAGUACCAAGUAACGCAGAAGCGCAUUCUCAAAACUUAUUGUUGGAAUAUUUCAUAAAUUACUUUUAUUUGCGAUUAGUACUGGAGAAAUGCCACAGAAAAUCUUCACUCGAAGUGGUCGCUCUCAUUCUGAGGCUUCCACCUAGAGCACGGUCUCCGGGCUCCAGCUCAACAUCCACUACAUUCCGAGCUCGUCAAGGCGCAACUGGAUGGACUACGCGCAGAAGGACGAGGCGAAGGACCGUAAGACCAUGCUUUCAACUCUUUCGACUACACGUUUGGACUUCUAGUUCGCCAAAGGCGGUUGUUCGUUAUAGCUUUGAAAGUUCUUGUUCACCGCCUAGUCGAUUACAUCAGACUAAAACAACAAAAUAAAUGAUUGAUUGAUUGAUUGAAAGAGGAAACCUUAAUUUUUCAGUAAAUAAAAUGUCUUCAGCGGCUCGCCACGCAUAACUUUUUUUCCAUCCAACAUUUUUUUUUUGGAGAACUAACAAUUUUUGAAAACAAGAGCAACAUAGCAAACUUUUACAUAGAAGACAGUACAAAGAAACUAAUUUUCGCACAGAAGCUUGUUUCUUAAAAAAACUUCCCCAUGUGAAAUCUUCGACAUGACAUAAAUUUUUUUGAAUUCCUCAUUUUUUUCGUAUAUUCGCAAUUAUUCUGAGUUAGGACAAUACAUGUUCGGCGUGACAAAGUCUUUUUGCGACAUUUCUAUUGGCGGCGAAUUCGUAACCCCGCCGACGUCAGCUGCACCGAAGAAAGCCUUGUCCGCGGACCAGUUUCCUUCUUUCGCUUCUUUCCAGGCGCCACGACGCCGUUUGCGCGUCAUCUUCAUUUUUGCCAUUCCACAGCCUCCAAAAAGUUCAGGAACUUCUUUUUCUGACAUUUUAGGAUAGCUUUUCUGAGUCUUAAAAAGAAAUAUUUAAGAAGAACAUCCACUCUGCAAUUUAUUAUUAUGUGAACUUCUAAAUUACUCAAUAUUAUACUAUCUCACUAGUAAGUCAGUAAGCUUUUCCCUGACACUUGCAUGUUUUCGUUUUAGGAUUUUUUCUUUGAAAGCUUUUUUUUUCAUUACAGAUUUCUACUGUAAAAUUGAGAAAAAUAGGACAAUUUAGCUAUUUUUUCGUGCAGCUUUACUUUGACAGAUCGAGUUGAGUUAGAGAAAACUCAGGUUUCGUCGAUAACAAUAAUGAGAUGAACGGAACCGUCGACGUGCUCGCCCGAAUUUUCUCUAACACGUCUUUGGGCCACCGGCUUCUUCAUAGGUAACUCAACAAAAAAAAUAGUUAACUCAAGUUUUUCAGGUUAACUUUAGACAACUUUCGACACGCCUUCUACCUGAUUUCUCCAUAUGAGACGGCAGUCGAAUCAGUGGAAGACGUUCCAAACUAUAACACCGAGGUUCGUGGUUUUAUUUCUUUUGGUUCUUUUUUUUUUGUUUUUUCAAAUGUUGCUUGAAGGUGUCAGCAUGGUGGCUUGUGUUCUUGGCCACAGAGUUCCUGAUCCUCUUUCUCUUCGGCCAUUCGGACCGUUUUUCCCUAAACGAUUCCAUCACUUCGAUAUGUGCCGGCAUGCUCAGCCAGUGCUUCAAGUACCAUCAACGUUCUGUUUUUUUAUUCAAAAAAGUGUUUGAGAUUCGCAGGGAGAACAGUCGCAAUAUUUCUUUAUAUAUUCGUUUGGAACAACUUUCGCCUCCUAAAACUUCCGUGGGAUUCGCCCUGGACAUGGAUUCUGUGUUUGUUCUUCCAAGACUUUAUGUACUACCUCGGCCACAGAGCAGUUCAUGGUAAGGUUCGACAACGGUCUUUAGUAUGGAAAAGAAGCAGAAGCGGGUUUCUUCUGGGGCCUGCACACGAUCCACCACAGCAGUGAGUACUACAAUUUCUCGACGGCGCUGCGUCAAGCCGCGAUCCAAGACGCUGGACUCGCCAUUUACGACGUCUUCCAAGCCUUUUUCAUCCCGCCACCCAUUUUCCUCGUCCAUCGCUACUUCAGCGAGAUAUUCCAGUUCAUUAUGCACACCAGUGUGAGUCCAAUCCGAGAUCGAUCUCCUACUGAAAGCAGAGGUUCAGUUACUGGGCGACCUAGGACCUCUGGGACUUGUUUUCAACACGCCUUCGCAUCACCGCGUGCAUCACGGCCGAAAUCCUUAUUGCAUCGACAAAAACUUUGGUGGCGUUUUCAUUAUUUGGGAUAAAGUGAGCUCUCUGCAACAGAAAAAAAACACAUGAACUUUUUCUUGCAGAUGUUUGGCACGUUCGAAGCAGAACGGAUCGAUGACCCGCCUGUCUAUGGCCUCGUUCACAAUGAGAACACCUUCAACCAGCUUUAUCUGCAGGUCUCAUUCUGUUUUUUUUUUUGAAUCAUAGACAGUUUGGCUUUCAUCAAAAAACGUUUAUGCUUUUGUCUCAAAAAUAUUGACGAUUGGUUAUUUUUUUAAAUGAUUUGAAAUAUUAAAAAAAUGAAAAUGGAAGAAUGUUGCAUGUUGCAUGUCAGGGACAUAACAUGUGAAAAAGAACUUUUUGUGGCUGAACCCCAACCAAUAUUAAUCAGUUUUUCUUGAAUAAUAAAUAAUAUAAUUUUACAGUUUCAUGCCUUGUGGGAUCUUCUUAUAUUAAAAGGCCUUACUAAGGACAAGAAAGGCGACCCCGUCUUUCCUGGCAUCGCGAACAAGGUUGGUUGUAGCAUGCUAGCAAUAAUCGAAAAUUUGAAGAAAGUUUUCGCAAAUCCAAGGUUGUUUUUGGUGCGGAAAGUGAUGAAGAAGCCCGAAACUUGAUUGUUUUCCAGAUAAAAGCGGCUGUUUUUCCACCAGGAUGGGAACCUGGCGUCAAGGUCGUUCCUUUCUUUCACUGGAUGUCGAUGGCAAAUCCCGCUCACGGCGUUCCUGAGGUCAUUCCAACUUUUUAUUUGCAAAUCAUGUAUAUAUAUAUAUAUAUAUGGAUAAGCGGAAAAAAAAAUGUAAUUUCAAGAAACCUACAAAAAAAAACCCCAUUCCAUUUUUUAACAUUUAACAUUAAUAAUUAAAAUGAGGUUCUUAUAGCCGGAAAAACCUGUUGUGAAAUACAAUCCUCCACUACGCCCUAUCGUGAAAGUCUAUGUCCUGGGCUACUUCGUGCUGUUCCUAGCCAUCUUCUUCCACUUCGAGUUCGAUCGCAACAAACUUUCCAUCCUGGAAUGUACAGUCAAAGUCGCCUUUUUUGUAUUUUCGAUGCAGUGUUUCGCGGCUUUUUUCGACAAGAAGUGAGUUCAAACCGUCCAUCUGAAUAUCUGAAGGAGAUUCAGAUGGUUCGCAAGGCAGCUCGAAAUUCUGCGUUGUCUGUCGGUUCUGGGAUAUUACGGAGUCCUGAUGCUCGAUCACAUCGGUCCUGGCGCUCAUCGACUUUUCGUUGUCGCUGUUCACCUUUUCGCCAUAUUUCUCUGGACCGGCGACCUAGUCAUCGAGGUUUGCUACUCUCUUGUGGGUAGCAUAGAAUAUAAAAAAACAAUAACGGAUAUAGUCUGUGUGCCAAGACUUGGAAUUUCACCGAAGGACAUUCCGCUGUUCCGCUGCGUCGCGAAGCCUCGCUUUGAAUUGGUUCUUAUUUCUGAUAGAUGGACGGUUCUACCAGGAACACGAGUUGGGCGAUUUCUUAAAUAAAAUAAAAAGUUAAAGGCGCGGCCGAGCACGCAGCGGAACAGCGGAAUGUCGUUCGGUGAAAUUUCAAGUCGUGGUACACAGACUGUAGAUAUCGUCUAGUUCUUUUUGCUCUGAAGAUUUUAUUCUUUCAGAGAGUUAUCGCUGAUUUUUUUUUUGAUAUUAUGAGGAAGGAUGGAACACAGCUUUUUUUUUCUUUUAAUUUUUACUCACUCUUUUUGGUACACUGUUUCAGUGAAGAAGUUUACGCAAAAAAACUUACUUGAAAAUUAUUUUUGAUAAUUUCACAGUUAUUACGAAUAACGAAUUCUGUUGAGCUUUUUCCGAGAAGCGGUGAAAAACAUUUUCAGAUGUUCUUCACCAAAGUGAAUCAACGGGUCAGCGACACGAAAAAUCAAAAAAAGAAAAUCGCCAUAUCAGUGAGGAAAAACCAAGUGGCCAACAAUGACGAAACAUCUUGCAGAUGAUCUCAACCGGGAAAAUCUGA